AUGUCAACACACGGUGAUGAUCUCGAUCUUCUUCUUUCCCUUCAAGACAGGGUGCUAGAAACCCCUCCUUCUUCUCCUUCGCCCCAUUCACCUGGUAAUCUGAGUAGUAGGUUAAUUAUUGCACUCGGGAUAUACAUCCUUAAUCUGCUCAUAGGAUUUCUAUCUCCUCAGGUUGAUCCGGAAUUCCAAGACCUUUCCGAUGACCCUACUCUUCCCUCUCGGAGUUCCGACGAGUUCUGCCCUUUUUUUCGUCGUCUUCCCGAGUUUAAGUUUUGGUAA